CCGGAAGCGGAAGUAACAGCGUUUUGAAAACGUCGUGCGUGGUUCACACGGAUGGUGCUGCUUUGAAGUGAAAGAAAAGAAACUGUACCUUAAAAAGUGGAUUAUUAUAAUUGUGUGCACUAUACCGGUGCACUAAAAUAUUUGUUUUGCAUGUACAAGGGACGUACAUGAAUACUUUGUAUUUUUGUUAGCCGUCUGUCUACCCGCUAGCACUGCGUGUGCUACUUGAUUUUUAGUUUAAGCGCAUUUACAAUAAUAAGAAGUCAUGGCGGAUGUUACUGCUCGUAGCCUGCAGUAUGAAUACAAAGCGAACUCUAACUUGGUGUUGCAAGCAGACAGAUCUCUGAUCGACCGCACCCGCAGAGAUGAGCCCACCGGAGAGGUCCUGUCUCUGGUCGGCAAGUUGGAGGGAACAAAGAUGGGAGACAGAAGCCAGAGAACCAAGCCUCAGAUGUUGGAGGAGAGGAGAGCGAAGAGGCGAAAGAGAGAUGAGGACAGACAUGACAUCAACAAAAUGAAAGGCUUCACAUUGCUGUCUGAAGGAAUUGAUGAGAUGGUGGGAAUUGUGUACAAGCCAAAGACCAAAGAGACCAGAGAGACAUAUGAAAUCCUCCUCAGCUUUAUUCAGGCUGCACUUGGAGAUCAGCCAAGAGAUAUCCUAUGUGGAGCUGCAGAUGAAGUGUUGGCUGUGCUGAAGAAUGACAAGAUGAGAGACAAAGAGAGAAGAAGGGAAGUGGAGCAGCUGUUGGGUCCUGCUGAUGACACGCGAUACCAUGUACUGGUCAACCUGGGCAAGAAAAUCUCAGACUAUGGUGGAGACAAGGAGCUCCAGAAUAUGGAUGACAACAUCGAUGAAACAUAUGGAGUCAAUGUACAGUUUGAGUCUGAUGAGGAGGAAGGUGAUGAGGACCAGUUCGGAGAGGUUCGAGAUGAAGGCUCUGAUGACAGUGAGGGAGAGGAGGCAGAUGAGACUAGUACUCUCACUGCUAAUCUGGGCAACACGGGCGACGUAAUGAUGACCAAAAAGAAAGAUCUUCAUCCACGAGACAUUGACGCCUUUUGGCUUCAGCGACAACUAAGCCGGUUUUAUAAUGAUGCCAUUGUGUCUCAGAAGAAAGCAGAUGAAGUCUUGGAAAUCCUCAAGACUGCCGGUGAUGACAGAGAGUGCGAGAACCAGUUGGUGCUGCUUUUGGGCUUCAACACCUUUGAUUUCAUCAAGGUCCUUCGGCAGCAUAGACGAAUGAUCCUUUACUGCACCAUGUUGGCCAGCGCCCAAAGUGAAGCAGAAAAAGAAAAGAUCAUGAAUAAAAUGGAGUCUGAUCAGGAUCUUUCCAAAGUUCUUUACCAGCUGCAGGAGACUGAGAAGGAGGACAUCAUCAGGGAGGAACGAUCUCGACGGGAAAGAGUGAGAAAAUCUCGCGUGGAUGAUAUGGAGUCGAUGGACAUUGAUCGUGGGGAGGCUGUGACCUCUAGGCAACUACUAGACCUUGAAGAUCUGGCCUUCUCUCAGGGCAGCCAUUUCAUGGCCAACAAGCGUUGCCAGCUGCCCGAUGGCUCCUUUCGCAAACAAAGAAAAGGUUAUGAGGAGGUGCACGUGCCCGCUCUUAAGCCCAAGCCUUUCGGUGAUGAUGAGACAUUGGUGGCUAUUGAGAAACUGCCCAAAUAUGCCCAAGCUGGAUUUGAGGGAUUCAAAACACUGAAUCGUAUACAAAGUAAACUCUUCAAAACCACUAUGGAGACGGAUGAGAAUCUGCUGGUUUGCGCUCCAACGGGUGCUGGCAAAACCAAUGUUGCUCUGAUGGCAAUGCUCAGAGAGAUCGGCAAGCAUAUCAACAUGGAUGGCACAAUCAAUGUUGAUGAUUUUAAGAUCAUCUACAUCGCUCCCAUGCGCUCCCUGGUGCAGGAGAUGGUGGGCAGCUUUGGAAAGCGCUUGGCCAGUUACGGCAUUAUUGUAUCUGAGUUGACUGGAGAUCACCAGCUCUGCAAAGAGGAAAUUAAUGCCACCCAGAUUAUUGUGUGCACCCCAGAAAAAUGGGACAUCAUCACCAGAAAGGGAGGGGACCGCACAUACACACAACUUGUACGGCUCAUCAUUAUCGAUGAGAUCCACUUGCUGCACGAUGACCGCGGCCCGGUGUUAGAGUCCCUGAUUGCUCGAACCAUCCGAAAUGUGGAGCUGACACAGGAGGAUGUGAGGCUUAUCGGCCUCAGUGCCACACUGCCCAACUAUGAAGACGUGGCCACCUGUCUGCGCGUAGAUCCAUCAAAGGGACUUUUCUAUUUUGACAACAGUUUCCGGCCUGUACCAUUGGAACAAACCUAUGUAGGAAUCACAGAGAAAAAGGCCAUUAAGCGUUUCCAGAUUAUGAAUGAGAUCGUCUAUGAAAAGAUCAUGGAACAUGCUGGAAAGAAUCAGGUCCUAGUGUUCGUGCAUUCCAGGAAGGAAACCGGGAAGACUGCUCGUGCAAUAAGGGACAUGUGUUUGGAAAAGGACACUCUUGGGUUGUUCCUCAGAGAGGGUUCGGCCUCCACUGAGGUCCUGAGAACUGAAGCAGAGCAGUGCAAGAAUCUGGAGCUGAAGGAUCUCUUGCCUUACGGUUUUGCUAUCCACCAUGCCGGAAUGACCAGGGUGGACAGAACACUGGUAGAGGAUCUGUUUGCUGACCGUCACAUUCAGGUGUUGGUGUCCACGGCCACUCUGGCUUGGGGUGUGAAUUUGCCAGCCCACACCGUCAUAAUCAAAGGCACGCAGGUCUACAGCCCAGAGAAAGGCAGAUGGACCGAACUGGGAGCUCUGGACAUUCUUCAGAUGCUGGGUCGUGCCGGCAGGCCGCAGUAUGACUCUAAAGGAGAGGGUAUUCUCAUCACAUCUCACGGAGAGCUGCAGUACUACCUGUCGCUGCUUAAUCAACAGCUGCCCAUCGAAAGCCAGAUGGUGGCCAAACUGCCUGACAUGCUCAAUGCUGAGAUCGUGUUGGGCAAUGUGCAGACAGUUAAGGAUGCAGUGAACUGGCUGGGUUACACUUACCUCUAUGUCCGAAUGCUGCGAAACCCCACGCUUUAUGGCGUCUCUCACGAUGACCGCAGCUCUGAUCCGCUGCUCGAGCGUCGCAGGAUGGACCUUAUACACACAGCAUCCACUGUCCUGGAGAAGAACAACCUGAUCAAAUACGACAAACGAUCCGGCAGCUUUCAGGUGACAGACCUGGGCCGCAUUGCCAGCCAUUUCUACAUCACCCACGAGUCCAUUAUGACCUACAACCAGCUGCUGAAGCCCACUCUGAGUGAGAUCGAGCUCUUCAGGGUGUUUUCUCUCUCCUCAGAGUUCAGAAACAUCACAGUUAGAGAGGAGGAAAAACUUGAGCUUCAGAAACUGCUUGAGAGAGUCCCCAUUCCAGUAAAGGAAAGCAUUGAGGAGCCCAGCGCAAAGAUUAAUGUGCUGCUGCAGGCAUAUAUCUCUCAGCUCAAGCUGGAGGGCUUUGCUCUUAUGGCUGACAUGGUGUAUGUGACACAGAGUGCUGGCAGGCUGAUGAGGGCGAUCUUUGAGAUUGUUUUGAGCAGAGGCUGGGCACAACUUACUGAUAAAACUAUGAAUCUCUGCAAGAUGAUUGACAAAAGGAUGUGGCAGUCCAUGUCUCCUUUGCGUCAGUUCCGCAAGCUUCCAGAGGAAGUCAUCAAAAAGAUCGAGAAGAAGAACUUCCCCUUCGAGCGCCUUUAUGAUCUAAACCACAAUGAAAUUGGUGAGUUGAUUCGCAUGCCAAAGAUGGGGAAGACCAUCCAUAAGUAUGUCCAUCAGUUCCCAAAGCUGGACCUGGCAGUUCACCUGCAGCCCAUCACACGCUCCACACUAAAAGUGGAACUCACCAUCACGCCAGAUUUCCAGUGGGAUGACAAGAUACAUGGCUCAUCCGAGGCCUUCUGGAUCUUGGUCGAGGAUGUGGACAGUGAGGUGGUCCUUCAUCACGAAUACUUCCUCCUGAAAGCCAAGUAUGCUCAGGAUGAGCAUCUGGUCACUUUCUUCGUUCCUGUGUUCGAGCCGCUGCCCCCGCAGUAUUUUAUUCGCAUAGCUUCAGACCGCUGGCUGUCUUGCGAGACCCAGCUUCCAGUCUCGUUUCGUCACCUGAUCCUGCCCGAAAAGUAUCCACCCCCCACCGAACUGCUUGAUCUGCAGCCUUUGCCCGUGUCUGCUUUGAGAAAUGCAGCCUUUGAGAGCCUUUACCAAAAUUUCCCCUUUUUCAACCCUAUCCAAACCCAAGUUUUCAAUGCUGUGUACAAUAGUGAUGACAACGUCUUCGUUGGUGCCCCCACUGGCAGUGGGAAGACCAUAUGUGCAGAGUUCGCCAUUCUUAGGAUGCUCCUUCACAACGCAGAGGGUCGAUGUGUCUACAUCACACCGAUGGAGGCUCUUGCUGAACAGGUUUUUGUUGACUGGCACCAGAAGUUCCAGGACACUUUGAAUAAGAAGGUUGUCUUGCUUACUGGUGAGACCAGCACUGACCUGAAGCUGCUGGGGAAAGGUGACAUCAUCAUCAGCACCCCAGACAAGUGGGACAUCCUGUCUCGCCGAUGGAAACAGAGGAAGAACGUGCAGAACGUUAGCCUCUUCAUUGUGGAUGAAGUUCAUCUCAUUGGAGGAGAUAACGGACCUGUGUUGGAGGUGAUUUGUUCCAGAAUGAGGUACAUUUCCUCUCAGAUUGAGCGGCCCAUCCGUAUUGUGGCCCUCAGCUCUUCUCUCUCCAACGCUAAAGAUGUGGCCCACUGGCUCGGCUGCAGCACCACAGCGACGUUCAACUUCCACCCCAACGUCAGGCCGGUUCCAUUGGAGCUUCACAUCCAGGGCUUCAACGUGAGUCACACACAGACUCGUCUGCUGUCCAUGGCUAAACCGGUGUACCAUGCCAUCAUGAAACACUCCCCAUCCAAACCAGUGCUGGUGUUUGUGCCAUCAAGACGGCAGACUCGUCUCACCGCUAUCGAUAUCCUUACUUUCUGCGCUGCGGAUGUGAUUCCACAGAGGUUUCUGCACUCCACUGAGAAGGAUCUGGCUCCAUUCAUGGAGAAACUCUCUGAUAAUACCCUGAAGGAGACUCUGUCCAAUGGGGUAGGGUACUUGCAUGAGGGCCUUUCAUCAUCAGAGCGGAGAAUUGUGGAACAUCUCUAUAUGUCUGGUGCCAUUCAGGUGAUGGUAGUAUCUCGCUCUUUAUGUUGGGGAACUAAUAUUUCCGCCCACCUUGUGAUUGUUAUGGACACACAGUACUACAAUGGAAAAAUCCAUGCAUAUGUGGACUACCCAAUCUAUGACGUUCUGCAGAUGGUAGGGAAGGCCAAUCGCCCUCUGCAGGAUGAUGAGGGUCGAUGUGUUAUCAUGUGCCAGGGGUCCAAAAAGGACUUCUUUAAGAAAUUCCUUUACGAGCCUCUGCCUGUGGAGUCUCACUUGGACCACUGCCUCCACGACCAUUUCAAUGCCGAGAUCGUCACCAAGACUGUGGAGAACAAACAGGACGCCGUGGACUACCUGACAUGGACGUUCCUGUACCGCCGAAUGACCCAGAACCCCAAUUACUACAACCUUCAGGGUAUGUCUCACCGUCACCUCUCCGACCAUCUGUCUGAGCUGGUGGAAAACACCUUGCAAGAUCUGGAACAGUCCAAGUGCAUCAGCAUUGAGGACGAGAUGGAUGUUGCUCCUCUGAAUCUGGGCAUGAUCGCAGCUUACUAUUACAUUAACUACACCACUAUCGAGCUCUUCAGUAUGUCCCUGAAUGCAAAGACAAAGAUCCGAGGUCUCAUUGAGAUCAUCUCCAACGCUGCAGAAUAUAAAAACAUUCCCAUCAGGCACCAUGAAGACACCCUACUCCGACAGCUGGCUCAGAAGGUCCCUCAUAAACUAAACAAUCCCAAGUUUAACGACCCUCAUGUGAAGACCAACCUGAUGCUUCAGGCUCAUCUGUCCCGUAUGCAGCUGAGCGCAGAGCUCCAGUCAGACACUGAAGACAUCCUCAGCAAGGCUGUUCGUCUGAUCCAGGCGUGUGUGGAUGUACUUUCAAGUAACGGCUGGUUGAGUCCUGCCCUGGCUGCUAUGGAGCUGGCUCAGAUGGUCACACAAGCCAUGUGGUCCAAAGACUCUUAUCUUAAGCAGCUACCCCACUUCUCUUCAGAACACAUUAAGCGCUGUACAGAUAAGGGUGUGGAGAGCAUCUUUGACAUCAUGGAGAUGGAAGACGAUGAGCGCACUGCUCUUCUACAACUUUCAGAAGUACAAAUGGCUGACGUGGCACGGUUCUGUAACCGCUAUCCCAACAUUGAGCUCUCGUACGAAGUGGCUGAGAAAGAUGACAUCAAAAGUGGAAGUCCUGUGGUCAUUCAAGUGCAGUUGGAGAGAGAGGAGGAAGUUACAGGACCUGUCAUAGCUCCUCUGUUCCCCCAGAAACGUGAAGAAGGCUGGUGGGUUGUUGUAGGAGACCCCAAAUCCAACAGCCUCAUCUCAAUCAAGAGACUUACACUUCAACAGAAGGCCAAGGUGAAACUUGACUUUGUGGCACCUGUUGUGGGUGUGCACAACUACACGCUGUAUUUCAUGAGCGACGCCUACAUGGGCUGUGACCAGGAAUACAAGUUCAGUGUGGACGUGAAAGAGGCAGACAGCGACGGAGACAGUGACAGCGAUUAGUCAUAGACUUGGAUUACGUGAAUGUCGUCUAUGUUGAAACCUUUUUAUAUUGUGGCUGUUUAAUUAAUUGUGAUUUAAAUAAAGGAAACUGUAAAUUGGA